AACGAUCACAGAUAAACAGUCGCGCUGAAGAAGGAAGACAGACGUGCGAUCGAAGGCGGCCAGUAGUAUAGCACUUCAUGGCUUUAAUAUUUCAACAAAACGCGUUUGUGGUUGACAGUUAGAGCGUUUUAGAUCUCCCCUGCCUAUGUAGGAUCGUACCUGUCAGAAUACGUCUGAGAAGUUUUAACCCAUUUACUGAUGGACUGACAGACGGAUUCUCCUCAGACGACGCAAUCUAACGUACACAAUUCACAUUUGACCUUAUUCUCUCAAUUCUCUCAAGCCCGUGUUUUCCGUCAGGAGGACUUCAGACAUUUAAGACAUGCAGAUCUGGGAACAGCAUUGACCGGCGCUCUCUGGAGAAACAUGGAGUCUUGUGCCGAGUCUCAGGGUGAUCCUGAGAGAGCUCAGCAUCAUGCAGAGAACAGAGAGAAUCCUGUCACCGCAGCUGCCUUAAUGCCCGGUGAUGAUGCGGCGCUUCUGACCCCGGGAAGGAUGAGUCAGCGUGGGAAGGAGGCGGGGCUUCACACGCCCAGUAAAGACCUGCUCACAAGCCCCUCCCUCAGCCCGUGCGUCAGCUACACCCACGGUUUUGAACGUGGCAAAGAAGAAAUCCUGCCUCUGAAAGAAGACUCCUCACACUCCAUAUCCAAGAGCAAGUCGGAAACCAAGCUCUAUAAUGGCUCAGACAAGGACGUAUCUGCGUCUGGAAACAAACUUACAAAGAAGGAGUCUCUCAAGGUGCAAAAGAAGAACUACAGGGAAGAGAAGAAACGCGCCACUAAAGAACUGCUCAGCACCAUCACUGAUCCGUCUGUCAUCGUCAUGGCCGACUGGCUCAAGAUCCGUGGCACGUUGAAGAGCUGGACCAAGCUGUGGUGUGUGCUGAAGCCAGGCGUCCUGCUGAUCUAUAAGACCAAUAAGAACGGCCAGUGGGUCGGUACCGUGCUGCUCAACGCCUGUGAGCUCAUCGAGAGACCCUCGAAGAAGGACGGGUUCUGCUUCAAGCUCUUCCACCCCCUCGAGCAGUCCAUCUGGGCCGUCAAGGGCCCUAAAGGAGAAGCCGUGGGGUCCAUCACACAGCCGUUACCCAGCAGCCACCUGAUCUUCAGAGCGGCUUCAGAAUCUGACGGCCGAUGUUGGAUGGACGCUCUUGAACUGGCUCUGAAAUGCUCGAGUUUGUUGAAGAGAACGAUGAUCAGAGAGGGCAAAGAGGAGACGCCACAGACCGCAGAGCACAUCAACUUCUACAGUCUCCUGCGGGCGCACAACAUGCAGGGCUUUCAGUUUAAUGACAGUGACCAGUUUAAGGAUCCAGACCUGUAUUCUGAUAAGUCGGACCGUGAGAAUGAGCAGGAGCAGGAGGAGUGGGAAAAUGAGGUGAUGGAUAAAAGUGAAGAGAGCGACAGCGACACGUCGGAGCGACAGGAAGACUCGUACGUCGACAUGGAUCCCAACGAGACGUUGCGGGAAACGCCGUACAUUGAGCAGAGCCACGAGGAGCUCGGAGAGGCUGGCGAAGCGGCUCAGACAGAGACGGUAUCAGAAGAGAAUAAAUCUCUGAUCUGGACUCUACUGAAGCAGGUCCGGCCCGGCAUGGACCUGUCCAAAGUCGUUCUGCCCACCUUCAUCCUGGAGCCACGAUCCUUCCUGGACAAACUGUCUGAUUACUACUACCACGCUGACUUCCUGUCGGAAGCGGCGGUGGAGGAGAACGCUUAUAACCGUAUGAAGAAGGUGGUCAAAUGGUACAUUUCUGGAUUCUACAAGAAGCCAAAGGGUUUAAAGAAACCGUAUAACCCCAUUAUCGGAGAAACAUUUCGCUGUUUAUGGAUCCACACCAAGACAAACAGCAAAACCUUCUACAUCGCAGAGCAGGUAUCCCAUCAUCCUCCAGUGUCAGCCUUUUAUGUCAGUAACAGGAAGGAUGGCUUUUGUCUGAGCGGCAGCAUCCUGGCCAAGUCCAAGUUUUACGGAAACUCUCUGUCGGCCAUCUUGGACGGUGAAGCCAGGUUGUCGUUUCUGAACAGAGGGGAGGACUAUGUGAUGAACAUGCCCUACGCUCACUGCAAAGGGAUCCUGUACGGUACUAUGACUCUGGAGUUGGGCGGACAGGUGUCCAUUACCUGUGAGAAGACGGGCUACAGCGCUCAGCUGGAGUUCAAACUCAAGCCGUUCCUUGGCAGCAGUGAUAGUGUCAAUCAGAUCAACGGGAAGAUCAAACUUGGGAAGGAGGUGCUGGCGACACUCGAGGGGCACUGGGACAGUGAAGUCUUCAUCAACGAUAAGAAGACGGGUGAGAUGGAGACGUUCUGGAACCCGACGCCGGAGCUGAGGCAGGACCGACUGAUCCGAGGCACCGUUCCUCCUGAAGAACAGAGCGAGUUUGAGUCCGAGAGGCUGUGGCAACAUGUGACACGGGCCAUAAAUAACAAGGACCAGACGGAGGCGACCAAUGAGAAGUUCAUCCUGGAGGAGGUUCAGAGGAAGGCGGCACGCGAGCGCAAGGCCAAGUGUGAGGACUGGAUGCCCGCGCUGUUCGAGCAAGACCCCGUCACCGGAGAGUGGCAUUACCGCUACGCUGACACUCGUCCGUGGGAUCCGCUCAACGAUCUGAUUCAGUUCGAGAAAGACGGCUGUAUUCAGACCAAAGUGCGCCACAGGACGCCUAUGGUACGUUCAGCCAGUGUAGUUAGUCUCAGUACCCAGCAGGGCUCCCGGAGGGACAAUUACCUGAGCCAGGUGACGGGACCAAAACGGAAACAUAAGAGUGAUAAACCUAAAAGUCCUGAAAGUGGCUGCUCGUCUCCAGAGCCGGACCGACAGGACUCGUCAGGCAGCGAGAGGCACAAAAGCAAACACAUCAGCCGCCUCCGGAAGAAAGGAACAGAUCUGAGUGAAAUCCAAAGUGCCAUUGAGUCGAUCAGAAAAACCCAGGAAGACAUUAACAGGAGCGUCAACGCCCUGAGGAGUCGAGUGGCGAGUCAAUCGACGACGGAAAGUUGGUUCCUCACUCACAGAGAUUUCGCCAUCGUCCUCUUCCUCAUCUUCGUCCAGGUCCUCCUCAACUUCAUCUUUAAGUAACGAGUCCAGGUCUCCUCAAACGGGAGACCCUUCAUUCCUUUAGCACCACCUCACCACACAUUCGGGUUUCAUUCGUUCCGGUUUUUUUUAUCAAUUCGUAUCGUCGGCUAAUAUCAGCCGUUGGUUGAAGUGCAUUGUGGGAUGUUUUAG